AUGGCGCCCUUCCGAAUACCUUUCACCUCGAAGCGACCUACUCCUGCAGUGGUCGACAUUACUACCGAUGAGAACGCUAAGCCUGCUCCUGGAAGUCCCUACAAGCCUUCCCUUGCACUCGGCACCAAAGAACGCCGUGAAGAACCCAACGAGUUCAAAUUGAGUUCGGUUGGCGACGACGGACAGUACCUGCCUCUUGUUGCUGACACGAUGGAGCCCUCGCCGACAGAAAAGAAAUCUUUCUGGCACAAGUCCACAACAACAGCCAAUGCUCCGACCCAUCGGAACGCUUUAGGCGAGACUGAACCGUUCUCAAUAUCCAGAGAGUCCUUUGACUCCUACCGCAGAUCUUUCGUGGGUGGACUCAGUCGUAUCGGAUCAGGAAAUUGCUAA